CCCCGGGCCGGCCGGCGGAUGGCCUUCAAGCUCCGAGAGGAGCCGUGGAGACCCAAGGAGGAGCAGCCCGCCCGUCCAGAGGUGAAAAGACCAGCACCUGGAGAUGCCGACUUCCCUGUAGAUGCCGAGACCGUCCGAAAGAACCGCGAGGGUCGCGUCGCUUACCUGGAGGCCAGGGAGGCGUGCCAGCUGGAGCAGAAGGAGAUCAAUGCGGUGAGGGAGCAGAUUGGCAAGGAGGUCCGACAGGCAUGCGCGCCCGAGAUCGACGAGUACGUCGAUUGCUGCGUUGGCCGCUGGUUCAGCCUCAUGGCCUGCAAGCCGCACGCGCUCAGGAUGCGAAGGUGUAUGAAGAAAAUUGAGACGCCAGAGUACGUCGAGCGGCGCACGGCCGAGCUGAUGAAGGAGCGGGAGACGGCGGGGGAGAGCAUCGUGAACAACCAGGGCAAGGGCGCGACGCGGGGGCGCCGGGCGAUGUACAACCGGGCCAUCCUGCCGGAGGUAGAUGACCCCAACGAGUUCCUGAUGCGCGGGAAGACCGGAACGAGGCAAUUCGCUGAUUCCGGCCGCGCAGCCCGCAGUCUUUCCUCGCGUGCUGAGUCCCGGGCGCGACGCGCCACUGCCCGUCCGCACCCGUGCUGCUUACCACCGUCAAACUCUUGUCGGGCGGUGACAGAUACGGAGACCGCAGACUUGAAGGCUCACCGUAUGUAG